UGACAUUUCGCAGGCGUGAUAAACAACGCGCGGGGUCCCUGUGAGGUGCGAAAAGACGACAAGUGGAUUCAACUGAUGUUCGGUGCGUAGAAGACGCUCUUGUUUGCUUGACAUUUCCAACGCAGGAAUACUCCUUAGCUCAACAUAAACAGAACGAAGCGCAUCGGUGGAAUCCAUUACAACUCCCAUCAUGGGCUGCGCACUCUUGCUGAACGCCUUGGCCGGCUUGCUCCUGGUGCUCUUGUGCAAAGGCUCCAGUGUGCACGGCGUGGAAUUUGGGCACCUGCCGGACAACAUAACGGUCCUAGAAGGCGAGAGCGUCACUUUGAGGUGUCGCAUCGACGAGGAGGUGACGCACAAGGCCUGGCUGAACCGCUCCAACAUCCUUUUCACGGGCACCGACAAGUGGUCGCUGGACAAACGCGUCACCCUGGUCAACAGCAGCAACAGCGACUUCUCGGUCCACAUCGACAAGGUGCAAGUGAGCGACGAGGGUCCCUACACGUGCACGUUCCAGGCAAACAACAAGCCUCGGAUCGCCCACGUCUACCUCAUCGUGCAAGUGCCCGCCAGAAUCGUCAACAUCUCCACCGACGUCUCGGUGAAUGAGGGCGAAAACGUCAACCUCUUCUGUCUGGCCGUGGGCCGACCUGAGCCCACCGUCACCUGGAAGGACCAAAAAUACGGUCUGCUGAGCGAGGGCGAGUUCCUGGACAUCACCGAGAUCAAGCGGCAGCAGGCUGAGGACUACGAGUGCAUCACCCACAACGGUGUGGCCCCGCCCGACCAACGCAAGGUCAAAGUCACCGUCAACUACCCGCCCACCAUCACCGACAUGAAGAACUUGCACGGCUACUUGGGGAAGACGGCCAUGCUGCGCUGCGAAGCCAUGGCGGUGCCCCCCGCCUCCUUCGAGUGGUACCGCGAUGAUCACAGACCCGUGGAGAGCGACAACACGCUGCAGAUCAAGAACGAGAAGAUGCGCUCGCUUCUGCUCUUCGCCAACGUGACCGAGAAGCACUUCGGCAACUACACCUGCUUCGCCACCAACCGCUUGGGGACCUCCAACGCCAGCAUGUUGCUAUUCCGACCAGGGGCUAUACAGGGUCGAGCGAGUGGUCUACAAUCAGGCUUGAGCGCGGCCCUCAGCGUUUGGGUGCCCCUCUGUGCCGCUGUCCUCCUGAAGGUCUAAUGAUCGGAACGCCCCCGCCCGGGAAACGGAAUGGAAUGCCCAUCCCCAGCUGAUCCCCACCCCCCCCCUACACCCACACACACCCCCCUCCCAUGUCCCUGCCACUCGACAGAGAGGAAGAAGAAAAUUGAAUUCUUUAAUUAACGAACCCAUCACUGUGAACAAAAAGAAUAUGCAUUGAUUCAUUGCAUUAAACUGGAGACCCCCAACUCGCCCCCGCCCCCUCCACCCCACCUGCUACAACACACACUCCCGGCACUCUCAUCGUCUGUCCAUCUCCCACAAUGCCUUGCAGAUUUGAGUGUAUGUACAUGAAUAAUUAUUGUGACCAGUAGGCAAAAUGGCUGUAAUAAACAAAAGGGGUGUAACGUGUAUCUACUGUAUGUAUUAAUGAUUGAUCUACAAAGUCUGCCUUAUGGAAAAGUGAUUCAUCAAAGUCACGUGUUUAUUAUUAUGGUGGACAUGUAUUGGUAACGUGGCUCGUUUAAGGCUAGACAUACACAAACGCACGUAGACAGCGGUGGCCGAAAGUUUACUUGUGCAGGCCGCAUCAUGGCGUUGAAUGUUUGAGUCUUUUUGGGCUUUCAGUCAUUUCUUGAUCGGAAUGAAAAAUACUCAGAACUGAGGAAACGUCUGAGGAAAACUUGGUAGAACUUUACUGGUCAACCAAGUCCCAGAACUGUGGGAAAAGUGCAAGGUAUUCAAUAAACUGCAAAGAACAGCUUUCGAUUCAAACAGAUCUCGAGAUCAUCUUUUCACAAAAUUGUGUGAUUGCAUGUAUCGACCAAUACUCACUACAACAGCGAAAAGGUCAAGAAAGUCUGUCAAGAUCAACAGAAAACUGACAACAGAUUCCGCAACACUCAGUUUAAACAAUUUUAUAGAUCCAGCAAUACGCAGAAUAAUGUGGAAAUUUCCAAGAAACUCACUGGAGAUCAAACGACAUGUGGUGGAUAGUCACAUGAAUCUUUGCAAAUUUCAAUAUCCUCAGUUACAAAUGUACGGGAAGACCAUGACUCAAAACAGAUUUCCAAGGAAUUUGGUGAAGAUCUUAGGACAAAUUAGGAUUGGCACACACUGGGAAAGUCUUGUUUUUUUUUUUUUUUUUUUUUUUUCAGAUUCUGACAUCCUGAGUUCAUGCAGUUAUAUUAUUGUACAUAUUGACCAAUACUGGCGGCACGGUGGCACAACUGGAAAGUGUUGGCCUCACAGUUCUGAGGUCCCGGGUUCAAUCCCGGCCCCGCCUGUAUGGAGUUUUCAUAUUCUCCUGAUGCCUGCGUGGGUUUUCUCCGGGCACUCCGGUUUCCUCCCACAUCCCAAAAACAUGCAACAUUAAUGUACUCUAAAUUGCCCCUAGGUGUGAUUGUGAGUGCGACUGUCUCGAUGUGCCAUGUGAUUGGCUGGCAACAACUUCAGGGUGUACCCCGCCUCCUGCCCGUUGACAGCUGGGAUGGGCUCCAGCACUCCCUGUGACCCUUGUGAGGAUAAGCGAUUAAGAAAAUGGAUGGAUGGAUGGAUUGACCAAUAUUCACAACAAGGCAACAUCCAAGGAACAACCGGUACAAUUGCAAUCGACUACAACUCGGAACAAAUGGAAAAUUGCAAGGAACUCAGUGAAUUUGCACACGUGUCUUUACCCAGAUUCCGGGAUCCGCACUUCUAACAGUUACACAGUUGUACAGAUCAACCAAGAAACGUCCAAGAAACCCCUUGAAGCUCAAAGUACGAACCAGAUCUCCAGAUGAAGAAUAUGGUGCUAAUUGUCCCUUUUUGAGUAUUGGUCGACCGAUCAUCAAAUCUCUAAACGCCCCAAAUUAUGUACGUAAACUUUCGAGCAUAACUGUCCAUAUACAGUGUAUGUAUGUCUGCGUGUAUGUCUCUCUCUUUCUCUCGCUCUCUUUAUAUAUAUAUUAUAUAUAUAGAAAUAUAGAUAUAUCUAUAUAUCUUUAUAUAUAUAUAUACAUCGUAUGGCUUUUUUCCAUUUCCAACCGUGUAGCAGUUGAAACUGCAACGAAUGAUGUCAAAAUGUGCACAAAAAUAAUAAAAAAAAAAAGAUCUGGGUUGGGGAAUGGCGACGACGGCGGCCAUCUUGCGUCGCCCACACCAUUACCCAGCAGGCCUUUUCCACCCACCCGUCGCGCCGUCACCCCGUCGCUCUCCAUCCGACCCCGACCGCCAGUGUAAAUAUUUGCAGUACAAGUGUGGAGGGGCAAUUGACCGCCUGCCCCCACAGCUUUGUUGCUUGUUGAUAGCAUGUGAGCCCUGUUGUGACUCCAUUCAUCACCCCCCCCCAC